CGAUCAAACUGAAAGAUACCAUGAAUAUCAAUUAAAAUCUCCUAUUGAUUAUUUGAUAAAAUGAAAUCUUAUUAAGCAAGCAAUAUUCAACCAAAAUACCCUCCCCCUCUCCCUCGGCACCCUGGGGCAAUCCCUCCUACGCACCAACCUCAAUCAAAAUCUUCAUCAAAGUUAUCACAACCAGCAGAAUUCUGUAUUUUCUGUUGGGUUCUUUGUACAUUUCGAAUCUAGCUUGGAUAUUGAACAAUGGGUUUCUUUCUGGGUAUCUUCUUUGGAGCUGCAUUGGGCUUUGGAUUGAUAGUUAUUUUUGCUAGAUAUCAGAAUAUCAGAUCCCUUAAAAGAAAUGAUUUGGCUACCACGGUUGCAUCAUUUGCAAGAAUGACAGUUCAAGAUUCAAGGAAACUCCUUCCACCUGAAGUGUACCCUUCUUGGGUUGUGUUUUCACACAGGCAAAAAUUAAAUUGGCUUAAUCGCCAGCUUGAGAAACUAUGGCCAUAUGUUGAUCAGGCAGCAUCAGAAAUAAUUAGGAACUCCGUUGAGCCAAUUCUUGAGCAAUAUCGACCAGCUAUCUUAGCUGCUCUGAAAUUUUCGAAGUUGACAUUAGGUACUGUGGCUCCACAGUUCACAGGUGUUACAACUAUGGAAAGUGAUCCUAAAGAAAUCGUUAUGGAGAUGGAGAUGCAAUGGGAUGGAAAUCCCAACAUUGUACUUGAUAUAAAGACUUUAGUCGGCGUUGCACUGCCUAUACAAGUAAAAAAUAUCAGAUUUACAGGUGUUUUUAGGAUAAUAUUCAAACCACUUGUUGGUGAGUUCCCUUGCUUUGGAGCUAUUUGUUUCUCCUUAAGGGAAAAGAGAAAUCUGGAUUUCACACUGAAAGUCAUUGGCGGUGAUAUCGGAUCCAUUCCUGGAGUAUCUGAUGCAAUAGAGACUACAAUAAGGGAUGCAAUUGAAGAUUCUAUCACCUGGCCAGUCCGUAUAAUCAUACCCAUAUUACCAGGGGAUUAUAGUGAUUUGGAAUUGAAGCCGGUUGGAAUGUUAGAUGUGAAGCUCAUCCAAGCUAAAGAAUUAACAAAUAAAGACCUCAUCGGCAAAUCUGAUCCGUUUGCAGAGGUGUUCAUUCGUCCACUACGUGCCAGGAUGAAGAACAGCAAAGUUAUUAAUAAUUCAUUAAAUCCGAUAUGGAAUGAGCAUUUUGAGUUUGAAGUUGAAGAUAUAUCCACUCAACACUUAACGGUAAAGGUUUAUGACGACGAAGGUGUUCAGGCUUCCGAACUCAUUGGUUGUGCUCAAUUUCCAUUACAAGAACUCCAGCCCGGGAAAGUGAAGGUUGUGUGGUUGAAACUGUUGAAGGAUUUAGAAAUACAAAGGGACACCAAAAAUCGAGGCCAGGUUCACUUGGAACUGCUUUAUUGUCCUUAUGGCACUGAGAGCGUAUUUAUGAAUGCUUUUAACGCGGACUUCAGACUGACUUCCUUAGAGAAGGCUCUUCGCCCCGGACCAGAUCCUAUUGAACAGUCAAAAUCGGGCUCACAGCAGAAGAAAAGUGACAUCCUCUUCAGAGGAGUGCUCACCGUGACAGUAAUAUCAGCAGAAGAGUUGCCAGCUACUGAUAUAUCAGGAAAAUCCGACCCUUUCGUUGUAAUAACAAUGAAAAAAUCUGACCAAAGGAACAAAACUAGAGUUCUGAACAACACAUUGAAUCCCGUUUGGAACCAAACAUUUGACAUAAUCGUCGAGGAUGGAUUGCGCGACUUGCUAAUAGUGGAAGUUUGGGACCACGACACCUUUGGAAAGGACAAAAUCGGUCGAUGCAUUAUGACACUUACAAGAGUCAUACUGGAAGGGGAAUUUUCAGACAGCUUCCCAGUAGAUGGAGCCAAGACUGGGAAGCUAAACCUGUAUCUUAAAUGGACGCCGCAACCAAUACUCCGGGACUUAUGAGUAUAUAUAUAUACACGAGGGUAUAAAGUGUGGACAAAAUUUUUUGUUUUUGUUAGGAAAAUAACAGAAGUUCAUAUAUAGGAAACUGCAGGCAUGCCCAGAUGCUAAGAGGUGCAGUGAAGCAGGCAAGAAAUAAGAGGGAGCAAUUAAGAAAUCUCUCUCCAACAGGAGAAUUUUAGAGUCAGUGCUUUUUCUUGUUGUAACAGUAGAUGUGUAAUGUACAGAAGUAAUAUAAUAGAUAGAAUCAAAUCAUAAUAUGUAGCCUUAGAUGAUUUUCUUUGUUGUUAA